CACGUGCGUUCGGACGUUCUGCAGUAGUUUAGUUUUGUAUAUGAGUCUCGCCGUAUGGUCCCAGCAGUGAACCCAAUAGUUAGUUCGGGUGCUGGAGCUAAGCAGUCUAAAGUUCUGUAACGCUCAUUGAAGUCCUGACUAAACAGUUAAAGUGAACUCUACCUUGUCGUGUGUCUUUAUUCCCACACCUCCACCACCGCCCGCAGCAGAAGCAUUAUCCCCGCCGGACGAGCAGCUCUCGCAGCGGCUAGAGCUUCAUCCAGUUGGAGCAACAAUGUCAUCCUAUGGUGUUAAACUGAGAAGGGUUGGAGUUGCUGACUAUGACACACCGAUUAAAGAGGUUCGUAACCAGCUAGCCGAGCAGCUGCGUGUGUUUGAUAGUCAUCUGGAGCAGAAGACCCAGGUGCUGCAAGAUCUAAGUGAUUACCUGCGCAGACGUGGUGAGAUCGAGGGUGAAUACGCUCGCUCCCUGGACAAACUGGCUGACAGGUUUUCUUCAAAAAUUAAAAAGAAGGAGUCUAGUAGUGAUUCAGUGUUGCACUGCUGGCAAGAGUUGUUGACUCAGACAAAGCAAGAGAGCAAAGAUCACAUCAUGCUUAGUGAAAGCUGUGGAACUGUUUUACCCCAGCAGCUGUCUCGUUGUCUGGAGCAUGUUCAGCGUCUGGCUAAAAAAAGUAAAGACAUUUGCAACCAGUUACAGGACGGCAUGUUGAAGGUGAUGGCAGAACUGCAGACUACACUUAAGACAUAUUCCCAGUACCACACUGAGUACCUGUCAGCUGAGGGCAAACUGAAAGAAGCUGCCAAACAAGAAGAAAAACAGAAACAGAGUGCAAAUAAGAAAAUGGAGAGACUUAUGGAAAAAAGACAGUGUAAAGUUCAGGAGACUCAAGUAAAGUCCACCAAAGCACGAAAUUACUACCUGCUUGACCUGGAAGCAGCAAAUGCCAACUUAAACAAAUAUUACCUACAUGAUCUGUCUUCUCUGAUUGAUUUUAGUGAUACAGGUUUCCACCACUGCUUGUCUCAAGUGCUCCAGUUCUACCUGUCCAGCCGGCUGAGAGCCCAUCAGAACCUGGGCUCUGGACUGCAGCAGCUGGACAAUACUGUCUCUGGUUUGGAUCAGAAUCAGGAUAGAGACAUACUGAUGCAGGCUUACAAAGUGGCUUUCUGCAUACCUCUCCGAUUUCAGUAUCAGCCUCAUGAGGGUGACCAGGUGUGUGAGGUAAUUGUAGAUUGUGAGACAAAAAGUGAGAUCGACACUCGAUGCCAGCAGCUACAUACCAGACUUAGCACAGUUACAGCUGAAAAUGAAGAGUUCAGUAAUACACUGCAGGCUUGUCACUCUGCCCUGCUUGGCUGGAUUGCAGAGGAUGUAUUUGGGUCAGCCCCCGAUCACACACCCAGUCAGUCACCAGAAACUCCCAGUGAAAACUCAAUCAAUAAGGUUCAUCAAAUAAAACGUCGAUCAAGUCUGCAAGACUCAGAGACUGCAUAUUUUUCGAACAUUAAAGACCAUCUCCUUACUGGUUCUUUAAUAUCAAAACUACAGGCAAAGCAUGAUCUACUAAAAGCUGCCAUACAGAAAACUGGAACUGUUGAUGGUCAAGAUCAAAGCAUGAGGCGUACAAAGAGGUCUUUUCGUCAAAGAAAGAGUCAACCCUGUGCUCAGAGUGACUAUAAGCCUUUCUCUGGAGACAUGCUUUCCUACAUCCAGGCAUCUGGAGAGCCGAUCCCAUUGGUGGUGGAGAGCUGCAUUAGAUUUAUUAACUUUCGAGGCCUGCAUCAUGAGGGCAUCUUUCGAAUUUCAGGAUCUCAGCUUGAGGUCAAUCGUCUGAGAGACGUGUUUGAGAAAGGUGACGACCCCCUGGAAGGUGAAGUUUGUGAUAUGGAUUCAGUGGCUUGUGUACUUAAGCUCUAUUUCAGAGGAAUGGAAAACCCUCUUUUUCCCAAGGACAGCUUUGACAAACUGAUGGAGUGUGGACGAAUCGAGGAUGAGGCUGAGAAAGUAGCACAGUUAAAGGCAGUCAUACUUUCAUACCCUUCCCCGGUCAUUGUUGUGAUGAGAUACCUUUUUGCAUUUCUUCACCACAUUUCUCAGUACAGUGAUGAGAACAUGAUGCAGCCCUACAACGUGGCUGUGUGUUUUGGACCCAGUCUGAUAAGAGCACCCGAGGAUGCAGAUGCUGCAGCCAUGCAGCACAUCAAUGCUCUUGUCAAAACAAUCAUCAUCCAGCAGGAGAACAUCUUCCCCAGCCAAACUGAGUUAGAGGGACCAGUGUAUGAAACCUGCAUGACACUAGAGACAGAGGAUAUUGAGGCUGCAAUUGAGGAGUCAGAGGUGGAAUCAGAAGUUUCUCCAAACAAAGUCAAAGAGGAGCUGGAAGGAGUGGCCUUAUUUGACUACACAGCACGUUCAGCAUCUGAGCUGUCCUUCAGACAGGGUGGCCGCCUCCGACUAUACAGCAGAGCCUCCUCUGAUUGGUGGAAGGGGGAAAUGAAUGGUGUUAAGGGUCUGAUUCCAAGUAAUUACAUCAGUGUGCCAAGUGUGGAUGGAGGGCAGGAUUACAAAGACACAGACAAAAGCAGCACUGGAGAAACCCAGGCUGAGGAACAGAUUGCCAGGCCCGACCACACACGGCCCAAAGAGUUUAGUGAGAAGCCUGUGGUCAGUGUCACCCAAGCAGUUGGGUCAAAGAUUGCCUUGCAGAUACCUCAAGGAAAACAUAUCCUGCCAGCCAUUUCUCCAAGGGCUUUACGAAAACCAAUGGACCCCCAGACACGAAGGUCUACAGAAGACAAUGAAAAAGAAGAGACCAAAAUAACUGUGGACAAGGAGGUGUGUGUUCAGAUGGACUCUGUCUUCAAGGAGCUUCACAUUCGGCAGCAACACUUGACUCACAAGGACUCUUGACUCUUCACUCUUCAUCCUCUGGGCUGUCUUCCACUGAGAACCUCUGUUCCUCUGUUUCAUUCCCACAAAGUCAUCAGAAAAGAGGAAUAGCAGCACGAGGAGGGAAAGUUUUAAUCCUGCAGAACAGAUAAACUGAGAAAUGGAGAAGUGUUAAUAGGUUAAAGUAAAAAUCUAAUUGUUAAAAAAUGCCAAAACUAUGUAGACACAUUCUGACAAAGAUUCGGCACUGCUGAGAUUUAAACCCAGAUCUCAGUGGUGCUACUGGCUACUGUGCUGGUGGAAUGAACUUUCCAUGAUCUAAGUCUCUUGCUAUCACUUUUCACUUAUUUUGGGUGAUUUCAAAAUAUUGCCUAUUUUAAAUCAUAUAAAUGUUAAUAAACUGGGCUGAUGGUU